UUCAUAAACAGCUCGUCAACCACCUCGGUAGCUUGCUAGCCAACAUAGCCGAAAGAUUCAAGCUGUUUAGACGCUUUCGGUGUAUAUUAGCUACUGUGUUUUAGACAAACUUCUGUCGUAUCUACUUGUUAACCUAUUUAAUUUAAUAUUACGUUAUUGUUUAUUAGUCAGCUAUAGUAGCUGGCUGGUUUAGUUCGCUCUAGCCUAGUCGCUAAUGAUAGCUAGCUAGCUAGCAUCCCCGAACAUGAGCUCCCUAAACUACUCCCCUCCUGUUAAAGAAGAGGAAGUCUGCUGGACGGAGAAAGAAGCUCUGGGGCUGAACAUUGUCGUGAAAGAGGAGAAGGAAGAGGAGGAUGUUACAGUAAAACAAGAAGUAGAGGGUGAGGCUGUUACAGUGAAAGAAGAAGAUAAAGACGUUUCAGUGAAAGAAGAGGAAGACGCGUUCAGAGUGAAAGAGGAAGAGGAUGUUUCAGUGAAAGAAGAGGAAGAUGCGUUCAGAGUGAAAGAGGAGGAUGCAGUUUUUGGAGUGAAGAAGGAAGGAGAGAUUACUGUCACAUUGAAAGAUGAAGAGGUGGAGAUAGGAGAUCUGAAUAACACCAGAGAGAUACCAGACUCUCACUCUGACAGUGGGAAGAGUCCUUCAGGGGAACCAGACCCAGAGACGCCCAAACCAGCGAGACAACACCACUGCUCCCACUGUGAAAAGAGUUUUCGCUGGUUAGGGAACCUAAAACUGCAUGAGAGGACACACACUGGAGAAAAGCCUUUCCAAUGCGCCCAGUGUGGAAAGAGUUUUGCUGUGUUAGCUAACCUGAAAAGGCACGAGAGAAUACACACAGGAGAAAAGCCUUAUCACUGUUCCCAAUGUGGAAUGAGUUUUAAUCAGGAUGGGGACCUAAAAGCUCAUAAGAGGAAACACACAGGAGAAAAGCCUUUCCAAUGUUCCCAGUGUGGAAAGAGUUUUACUAAGAUAGGGCAAUUAAAAGAACAUGAGAGAAUACACAAAGGAGAAAAGCCAUUCCAAUGUUCCCAUUGUGGAAAGAGUUUUACUCGGAUAGGAAACCUAAAAAAGCAUGCGAGACUACACACCGGAGAAAAGCCUUUCCAAUGUUCCCAGUGUGGAAAGAGUUUUGCCGUGUUAGCAAACCUGAAAAGGCAUGAGAGAAUACACACAGGAGAAAAGCCUUAUCACUGUUCCCACUGUGGAAUGAGUUUUAUUCAGUUAUGGGACCUACAAGCUCAUGAGAGGAUACACACAGGAGAAAAGCCUUUCCAAUGUUCCCAGUGUGGAAAGAGUUUUACUCAGAUAGGGCACCUGAAAGCUCAUGAGAGGAUACACACAGGAGAAAAGCCUUACCAAUGUUCCCAGUGUGAAAAGGGUUUUACCAUGUUAACUAACCUGAAAAGGCAUGAGAGAAUACACACAGGAGAAAAGCAUUUUCUGCUCCCAGUGUAAAAAUAGAUUUUCACGAAUGGCGGACCUUAAAGUUCAUGAGAGGAUACAGAGGAGAAAAUCCUUUAAAAUGCUCCCAGUCUGGAAAGGGUUUUACCUGGUCAAGUAGCCUGAAGGCGCAUAAGAGGACACACACGAUAAUAGUCCUACCACUGCUCUCUGUGUCGAAGGACAUUCAGAGAACCUGAAAUGAAAUGAGAGAAUAGAAAGGCUGUAUUCUGACUUCUAUUUUUGACUGAGAAUUUGUGUUUUUGUUUAUGCCACAUGAAAUCAUAUUGUGUAUGAUUUCACCUGUCUAUAUAAGGUCCCAGAGUUGACAAUGCAUGUCAGAGCAAACACCAAGCAAUGAGGUCGAAUAAAUUGUCCUUAGAGCUCUGAGACAGGAUUGUGUCGAGGCACAGAUCUGGGGAAUGGUUCCAAAAAAUGUCUGCAGCAUUGGUGCCCAAUAACACAGCGGCCACCAUCAUUCUUUAAUGGUAGACGUUUGGAAGACUUCCUAGAGCUGACUCCCCGGCCAAACUGCGCAAUCGGGGAAGAAGGGCCGCUUGGAGUUUGCCAAAAAGGCACCUUAAGACUCUAAGACCAUGUGAAAUAAGAUUCUCUGGUCUGAUUAAACCAAGAUUGAACUCUUUGGCCUGAAUGCCUUUUGGCAACCUCCAAGCUGGCUGUCAUGUGCCUUUUACUGAGGAGUGGCUUCCGUCUGGCCACGCUACCAUAAGGACCUGAU